AUGAAGCUUCAUCUCGUGUCUCUGGCUCUUGCCGCUUGCCUAAGCACCGCGGCUGCUCAGGGCUUAGAUAGUCUCCCAAGCUGCGCCAAAGAUUGCGCUACCAACGCCAUUCCCGAACACUGCGGAAUGAUUGAUGUCGGCUGUAUCUGCUCGGACAAGUCUUUUCUCUCCAGCAUCUCUUGCUGUGUGUCCAACAAGUGCUCUGAGGAUGAUCAGAAAACUGUCAUCCAGUUUGCAAACCAGAUCUGCAGCGGCGCCGGCGUGAAGGACCUUCCCAAGAGUGCUAGCUGUGCCAGUGGAGCUUCCUCUGCCACUGAAUCAUCCUCGGAGACCUCCCCUUCAUCCACCGCAACUGGUAAAAGCAGCGACACCGCGACCACCGACGCCUCAAAGGCCUCCAGCACUGAUUCUGCAUCCUCCAAGACUGCGAGCAGCGCCGGAUCCUCAACUUCGACCGCCAAGUCUGCCGCUAAUAGUACGGGCGCUGCUGCCCUCGUGCAAGGCAAAGAUACUGGUCUGCUCGCUGCGGCCGGCGCUGCUCUCUUUGCAUUCCUGGCAUAG